AUGCAAUCAUUCAUUGUUUUUGCACUUUUUGUCAGCGUUGCUACUGCCGCCUCCCUUGGAUCUUCCCAACAAGGAGUUCCUCAAAAUAUCCUCCACACUCUGACCGAAGAAUCCAACAUGAACGGCUUCGCUGCUCCAUCCGAUUUGGCUAGAUCGAAGAAAUCCGCAUAUGGUGCUCCAGCACCAUCUUACUCAGCACCACCUUGCCCCAAGAAUUAUCUGUUCAGCUGUCAACCCAGUGUUGCUCCGGUUCCAUGUGCUCCAGGAGGCUAUGCAGGAGCCUACUCUGUUCCAGUACCAACCUACGCUCUUCCCAGCGCUCCUCAAUUCAUCCCCCAGGAACUUCUCAGACCAUACAACUAUUAA